CCCGGCGCUCAGCUCGCCAUGCACUGCCACGCGGAACUGAGGCUGAGCUCACCCGGCCAGCUCAAAGCAGCCAGGAGGCGCUACAAGACUUUUAUGAUCGACGAGAUCCUCUCCAAGGAGACCUGCGACUACUUUGAGAAACUUUCCCUGUACUCCGUGUGCCCGUCGCUCGUGGUGCGCCCCAAGCCGCUGCAUUCCUGUACCGGCUCCCCUUCCCUUCGGGCAUAUCCUCUCCUCUCUGUGAUCACCCGACAGCCUACCGUCAUCUCUCACCUGGUUCCUACUGGCCCAGGAAUUGCCCCAGUGCUAUCCCGGCACCCAGUUACUGAGGCUGCCUCUGUCGAGACCCCUGGUGGUGAGGCUUUAGCCAGCAGUGAGUCGGAGACAGAACAACCCACGCCCCGACAGAAGAAACCUCGCCGGAGUCGUACUAUCUUCACUGAGCUGCAGCUCAUGGGCCUGGAGAAGAAAUUCCAGAAGCAGAAGUACUUGUCCACCCCAGACAGGUUGGACUUGGCUCAGUCUCUGGGACUCACUCAACUGCAAGUGAAGACUUGGUAUCAGAAUCGCAGGAUGAAAUGGAAGAAAAUGGUACUUAAAGGUGGACAGGAAGCACCCACAAAACCCAAGGGGCGUCCCAAGAAGAACUCUAUCCCUACAUCGGAGGAGAUUGAAGCUGAAGAGAAGAUGAACAGCCAGGCCCAGAGCCAGGGACACCUGGAGUCCUCUCAGGGACACAGGGAGCCCUGUGAUGCCCAGGAACCAAAAGGAUGUGAUGUCCCCUUGGAGGUGGCAGAGGCAUCAUGCCAACCCCAGGAGUUGCCAGAAGCUUCUUCCGAACCCCCACUAUUAAGCUAAAAUAAAGUUCUUUGGGGGAAAGGGGCUUGGGAAGAAGGGAAAAAAGA